UCAUACUUCACUGUAAGAGUCCCUGUCAAAACUGUCAUUUGGCCUAGAAACAUCUUCACCGGCGGUGUCAAUAACUGCAAAAAGCCGAUAUGUUGAGGACUGGGUAUUAAUCGGAUUGGUGCACAUCCGUCAGUUUUGUUCUGAGAGCCUGGCAAAAAGAGAUGACAGUGUCCUCUUUAAGGAGGUGAUGCUUGUUUUGCUCGCCUUCAUUCCUGGCAUGCCUGACCGUUUGCAGCUAGAGGAUCAUCAUCAAUGAAGUAGCAGGUCAAGUAAAACAGAUCUGCUCCGACGUCCUCUCCAGAGAGACAGAAAGUCGUAUUUUAACCAGAAGUUUACUAGGGUUUAUUGCUCGGAUGAUCGGAGCAGGCGGAAAGAAGUCGAGAUGCGGAGUCGGAGUAAUUCAGGAGUGCGACUGGAUGCGUUCGCGAGACUUGUCCAUGAGACCAUCCUGUGCUAUCAGAAUCCAGUGACAGGUUUGCUCCCGGCCAGUGCACAGCAGAAAGAUGCCUGGGUCAGGGACAACGUUUACAGCAUUCUGGCAGUGUGGGGUCUGGGAAUGGCCUAUCGCAAGAAUGCAGACCGUGAUGAGGAUAAGGCCAAGGCCUAUGAGCUUGAACAGACUGUGGUCAAGCUGAUGCAAGGACUGCUGCAGUGUAUGAUGAGGCAGAUGGAAAAGGUGGAGAAGUUUAAACACACACAGAGCACCAAGGACUGCCUGCAUGCCAAGUACGACACAUCCACUUGUGCGUUGGUGGUUGGAGAUGACCAGUGGGGGCACUUGCAGGUAGAUGCCACGUCAUUGUAUCUGCUGAUGCUGGCACAGAUGACGGCUUCCGGUCUGUGUAUCAUAUCGAACCUGGAUGAGGUGGCUUUUAUACAGAACUUGGUGUUCUACAUUGAGGCUGCUUAUAAAGUUGCUGAUUAUGGCAUGUGGGAGAGAGGAGACAAGACAAACCAGGGGAUUGCUGAAUUAAAUGGAAGCUCUGUGGGUAUGGCAAAGGCUGCUCUAGAGGCCAUUGAUGAACUUGACCUGUUUGGAGCACAUGGAGGCCCCAAAUCUGUGAUCCAUGUUCUACCAGAUGAAGUGGAGCAUUGCCAGUCAAUCCUGUGCUCCAUGCUGCCACGAGCUUCUACAUCUAAGGAGAUCGAUGCUGGUCUGCUCUCAGUUAUCUCCUUCCCUGCUUUUGCAGUUGAGGACGCUGACCUGGUCAACAUCACCAAGGGUGAGAUCAUCUCCAAGCUGCAGGGACGUUACGGGUGCUGUCGGUUUAUUAGAGAUGGCUACAAGACCCCAAAAGAGGAUCCUUCUCGGCUUCAUUAUGACCCAGCAGAACUGAAGCUGUUUGAGAAUAUUGAAUGUGAAUGGCCAGUCUUUUGGACUUACCUCAUACUGGAUGGUGUCUUCAGUGGAGAUCAUGUACAGGUGCAGGAAUACAGGGAGGCCCUGGAGGGCGUCUUGAUCCGAGCUAAACAUGGCAUCCGGCUGAUGCCUGAGCUUUACGCUGUACCUGCUGACAAGGUUGAAGAUGAGUACAGGAACCCUCACAGUGUGGACCGUGUAGCCACAGGCCAGCUGCCUCACUUAUGGGGACAGUCUCUGUACAUUCUGAGCAGCCUGCUCGUAGAGGGAUUUCUUGCUCCUGGAGAGAUAGAUCCUCUAAACAGAAGGUUUUCCACUGGCUUCAAACCAGAUGUUGUUGUCCAAAUCAGUGUAGUAGCAGAGAGUGAGAAGAUCCAGGCACUGCUGAGGGAUAGUGGGGUUGAGGUGCAGACUGUGUCUGAAGUCCAGCCCAUCCGAAUCAUGUCAGCUCGUAUUCUGAGCCACAUCUAUGUCAAGCUGGGAAACUGUAGGAAGCUGAAUUUGACCGGGCGGCCGUAUCGACACAUUGGUGUACUAGGGACUUCUAAGAUCUAUGAGAUCAGGAAUCGUACCUACACUUUUACCCCGCAGUUCAUUGAUCAACAUCAUUUCUACCUGGCUCUGGAUAAUCAGAUGAUAGUGGAGAUGUUGAGGACCGAGUUGGCCUACCUCUCUUCCUGUUGGCGGAUGACCGGGAGACCCACUCUCACUUUCCCGAUUACACAAAGCAUGCUGGUGGAGGACGGUGAAAGCAUAGAUCCUUGCAUCCUGUCCACUUUGAGAAAGCUUCAGGAUGGCUAUUUUGCAGGAGUGAGAGUUCAGAUGGCAAACCUCUCCACAUUCCUCACUACCUCAUUCCACACCAAGCUCAGCUUCAUGGACGCUGACUCAGAGGAGAACCUUGAAGAUGAAGAUGAAGAGGAUGACUACAGCGAAGGUGAAGACGAUGAAGAUAAAGUUCAUCGUUUUUCCAGCAGUGGAGAUUCCAAAGAUGAGCUCGACCAGUAUUUCGCCCACCUUCUGCAGAGCACAGCCCCAAAGUCGUAUCUCCCUCCCAUCCAGAAGGGGCAGGACCAUGUUUUCAGUGCUGAGCACACCACCAGGGACAUCCUAACUCUCAUGGCUCAGGUUCAGGGCCGCAACAUGCCUAAGGUGUCUAUGUAUUUACCUGUGGUCCCCAUCAUGAGCAAACACCGGAAGUCUCUGAACCUGCUGGAACUCCCACAUCCUCAACACCACACUCCUCAACAACACCAGAAGGCUCCUGCUCCAGACCUUCACCUGCCCCAUGAUGCUCAAGGCAACACAGACUUUGCUGCGCUCGUAAAUCACCUGAAGGAAUGUCCCACAUUACAGGACCAGGCUGAUAUUCUUUAUAUCCUCUAUGCUAUGAAAGGUGCGGACUGGAUGGUGAAUAUAUCGGGACAGAAGGGAGCCACAGUGCGUGCUCUGCUUGAGGAGCUUUAUGUCAAAGCUGGAGUGUGUAAAGAGUGGGGACUUAUUCGGUACAUCUCGGGCAUCUUGAAGAAGACGGUAGAGGUCUUGGCUGAGGCUUGUACUGAUCUGAUCUCGCAUCAAAAGCAGCUGACAGUGGGACUUCCUCCAGAGCCAAGGGAGAAAGUCAUCACUGUUCCUCUCCCACCUGAAGAACUGAAUAAUUUGAUCUAUGAGGCCAGCGGUCAGGAUAUAAGCAUUGCUGUACUUACCCAGGAAAUCAUGGUGUACCUAGCCAUGUAUGUGCGCUCCCAGCCGAAUCUGUUCGGAGACAUGCUGCGUCUGAGGAUAGGCCUUAUCAUGCAGGUGAUGGCCACUGAGCUUGCUCGUAGUCUCCAGUGUUCAGGCGAGGAGGCAUCUGAAGGGUUGAUGAACCUGAGUCCAUCAGACAUGAAAAAUCUGCUUCAUCACAUCUUGAGUGGGAAAGAGUUUGGAGUGGAGAGGAGCGUGCGUCCCACUGUGUCCAUGGCCACCAGUCCAGCCAUAUCCAUCCAUGAGCUCGGACACACAGGAGCCACUAAAACAGAACGCACAGGUAUCAGGAAGCUGAAGAGUGAAAUCAAACAGCUGGAUGACUCCAGACCAAUCAGCAUCUUUACUGGCGGUUAUUCCACAGGCAGUAAUGUCACAUCCCCCCGUUCCACGAGGUGUAGUAGUCCUUCGACCCCCAGUGGCGUCAUGUCACCCACAGGUACGGGAGACUCACACCUGCAGUGGGAAGAGCGUCAGGGACAGUGGCUGAGGAGACGCCGCCUGGAUGGCGCUAUUAAUCGAGUGCCCAUGGGCUUCUACCAGAAAGUGUGGAAGAUCCUGCAGAAAUGCCACGGCCUCUCAAUCGCAGGAUACGUUCUGCCAUCCUCUACCACCCGUGAGAUGACAGAGGGCGAGAUCAAGUUUGCUGUUCAUGUGGAGUCUGUGCUGAACCACGUUCCUCAGCCCGAGUACCGGCAGCUGCUGGUGGAGGCCAUCAUGGUGCUCACCCUAGUGGCCGAUAUGGAGAUCACAAGCAUCGGUGGAAUCAUUCACAUCGACCGGAUUGUUCAAAUGGCAAAUGAACUGUUCUUGCAGGACCAGAAAUCUAGCGGGGCCAAUGAGUUUUUCCUGGAGAAAGAUCCUGCCACAGGAAUCUGCAACUACUUCUAUGACAGUGCCCCCAGCGGCAGCUACGGCUCUAUGACCUAUCUGUCCAAAGCCGUGGUCACAUACGUUCACGACUUCCUCCCCAGUGGCAGCUGUCUGAUGCAGUGAAAUAAAUCGGCUCCAGGAACCUCUCUAUCGACCUGGGAUCAGUCAAUUUAAUAACAGUCCUGCUUUUCUCAGCUGUGGUGUCAGAUCAGCAGGAGAGCGUUGGCCUGAGUGGCGGAUAUUCCUAAAGAGGCAGAAGUAGAUCACUCUAGACCACUGUGGAGCACUGUGUUAUUAAUUAGCAUGUACCAUUAUAUAAUAUGUAUUUAUUAUUAUUAUUUAAUUUGUUAGCUUAAGUAAAUUAAUUACUUUUAAUUUAAAUAUUUAAUAAUUUAUCAUUUUAUUCAAGAAUUCCACAAUUUUAUGAAACAUAAAUGGUGACCAGUAACCCAUAAUAUUAUCAUGAAAACACAAUACCUUACGAUACAUGUAUAUUUUCUGUUGUAUUGCUCCCUCUUUAUGGUUAUUAAUGAAUGUACCUAAUGUUUUGCUUUAGGAAUUAUUGCUCAUGGAUACACUGUGUUAAUGUAACACUGAAUAAUGCUAUAACAAUACUUAUAUUACAUACUGAUAUCUGUUGAUGUAUUACACUGAUGACAAUAGUACAGUAUAAUUGACCUGUUAUAUAUGUACUGUAUUUGGGGCAUGUUUACAUUAAUAUCUUACACUGAGAUGAAUGUAAAACCAAAAGGGGAAACUGUUGAUUUUUCAUCUUUACUGUACAUUUGUUUCUUUGCUCUCACUGGCAGAGUUCACAGCUUCAUUUCUCAUGUAUGUUGAGUCAAGAUUUAGUGGCUGUAUUUAAUAGUGCACCAUUUCACUUAAACACACUGAGUGUAUAAAUUCGAUCUGUUUUAUGAA